AUGACCCAACUGGGUUUCCUGCUGUUUCUCCUUGUGGCCACCAGAGGGCGCAGUGCUGCUGAGAAGAAACUUGAUCCUAUGAGAUGGACCUGGCCUUCAUCAUCUGCAUCUCUGCCUAGAAGCUGCAAAGAAAUCAAAGAAAAGUACUUUAGUGCAGAUGAUGGCCUGUAUUUCCUCCGGGCCAAGAAUGGUGCUGUCUACCAGACCUUCUGUGACAUGACCUCCGCGGGUGGUGGCUGGACCCUGGUGGCCAGUGUGCAUGAGAACAGCAUGCCUGGGAAGUGCACGGUGGGCGAUCGGUGGUCCAGUCAACAAGGCAACAGAGCAGACUACCCGGAGGGAGAUGGCAACUGGGCCAAUUACAACACCUUUGGGUCUGCAGAGGCAGCCACCAGCGACGACUAUAAGAACCCUGGCUACUAUGACAUCCAGGCCCAGGACCUGGGCAUCUGGCAUGUGCCCAACAACAGCCCCAUGCAGAAUUGGCGGAACAGCUCUCUGCUGAGGUACCGCACCAUAACUGGCUUCUUCCAGCAUCUGGAACAUAAUCUGUUUGGCCUCUACCAGAAAUACCCAGUGAAAUAUGGAAUAGGAAAGUGUUGGACUGACAACGGUCCAGCAAUACCUGUUAUCUAUGAUUUCGGCGAUGCUCAGAAAACUGCAUCUUAUUACUCACCCAAUGGCCAGAAAGAAUUUACUGCAGGAUUUAUCCAGUUCAGAGUAUUUAAUAAUGAGAGAGCAGCCAAUGCCUUGUGUGCUGGAAUGAAGGUCACGGGAUGUAACACUGAAUUUCACUGCAUUGGUGGAGGAGGAUACUUCCCAGAGGGUAAUCCCAAGCAGUGUGGAGACUUCUCUGCUUUUGACUGGAAUGGACAUGGAACUCAUGUUGCUUAUAGCAGCAGCCAGGAAAUAACGGAAGCAGCGGUGCUUCUCUUCUACCGUUGA